AGAAUCUGGAGGGGAAACCGGGUGUGUUACGGCUCAUCGGAACGUCUCGUGUAUGAGUGUCAAUCACGCUGCGUUCAGCUGUCGGAGUAGGCGGCAGCGCGAUUGACGAGGACGUCUAGAGAUUGCGGUGCGCACCGAAUAUCAUGGAUUCGAAGAAGCAGCAGCGAUCGCUGGCGACCGCAUGUCGGGGCACGCUACCGUUCCCACGAAGGCCGUGGAUGAGCGAGACCGGCGUUGCCGCCGCCGCCGCCUCGGGCCUGGGCCUCAAGGGGGUCAUAGCCGGUGGUAUUACUGGAGGCAUAGAAAUUUGCAUCACAUAUCCAACGGAAUAUGUAAAGACACAGCUGCAACUGGAUGGAAAAGCCGGUGCUGGCAGAGAGUAUACAGGAAUAAUCGACUGCAUAACCAAGACUAUUAAAACUCGUGGAUUUUUCGGCCUAUAUAGAGGCUUAUCCGUCCUACUCUAUGGUUCUAUACCAAAGUCGGCGGUGCGAUUUGGUGCUUUUGAGACAGCGAAGGACCAAUUAGUGGAUGCAGAUGGAAAACUCAAUCCGCAAAGAAGACUCUUGGCGGGUCUUUGCGCCGGAGUAUGCGAAGCUAUUUUGGCAGUCACUCCGAUGGAGACAAUUAAAGUGAAAUUUAUCAACGAUCAACGUUCGGCAAAUCCAAGAUUCAAGGGAUUUUUCCAUGGAGUGCGCUUGAUUAUAAAGGAACAAGGUUUUAAAGGAGUGUAUCAAGGAGUAGUACCUACAAUCUUAAAGCAAGGAUCCAAUCAAGCUAUUCGUUUCUUUGUGAUGGAAACAUUAAAAGAUUGGUACAGAGGAGGUGACACUACCAAAAGUGUUCCUAAAGUAGUCGUUGGUGCAUUUGGCGCAGUUGCUGGUGCAGCAUCUGUUUUUGGAAAUACACCUAUUGAUGUUGUAAAAACUAGGAUGCAGGGAUUGGAAGCUGCAAAGUACAAGAAUACUAUGGAUUGCGUGAUUCAAGUGUGGAAGAAGGAGGGUCCAACAGCAUUUUAUAAAGGAACCAUUCCACGACUGGGCAGAGUAUGUCUAGACGUUGCUAUAACAUUCAUGAUAUAUGAUUCCUUCAUGGAACUUUUCAACAAAGUAUGGCCUUAGGUCUGUCGCAUUUGUAUAUACACAUUAUACAUUCUUUCAAAUUUUACAAAUAUUGCUUUCACAUUGACAUACUUUUUAUAAGCAUAUUUGUAUGACAUAUAUAUAUAUUUUUUUUUGUUUUGUCAGAGUUUAUUUAUAUUCUUAUUUAAGAGAUAUAUAUAUAUAUAUAUAUGCGCGCGAUAAAAGCUUUUUAAUGGGAGUGUUUGUGUCAAAAAUUAGAAAAAUGUAAAUAUUGCAAAUGCAUUCUAUUUCAUCGAUUUUGAAACGAUUUUUAUGGCAUAAAGAGUAAUUUUGCACAAUGAUGUGAUGUUACUACCUCCGGCUCUAGCAUUUAUAUAUAAUGUGCAGUGCACAAAAAUUAUUAUUUUAAUUGUGAAAGCUUCGUGUUUUGUUGAAUUAGUGUAUUAUUCAUACAUAUUACUUUAUUUAGUUAUAGAAUAUUGUAAUAACAUUAUUCUGCAACGACAUACAUUCCUGGAAUCACAUUCGUUCUGAGUUAUAAGUAUGAGAAUAACAUUUUCAUAAAUUCCUGACAUGUAUGGAAAUAGUCUAUAUAUAAUAUAUCUGUACGCCAAUACAUAGAUAUAUAUAUGCAUUUAUAUAUAUACAAUGGUAAUAACAAAAUAUAUUUAUGUACAAUUUUAUAAAGAGAAAUAGCAUACUUAAUGAUCGAGCGGGGGAAAAUCACCUCAACGAAUUUAAUUUUGUAUAAUUUCUCACAUCUAAGAGAAUCAUACCAAUGUUGCAGAGGUAAAGAUAAGACAAUGUAUAUUAAUAAAAAAAAGUUUAUCUUA